AUAUAUGAUUUUAUAUAUUUUAACCAUAUAUUGUUUUUUUCAUACGGGCAUUUUAUUAUUUAAUUUAAAAUUUUAUGUUUGCUGGGAAAAAUUGAUAAGUAUGUAAAAAUAUCUAUUGUAAUGCAGUCUGUCUGUCUCUCGUCAAUCAACACUAUCUCGUAUUUAAAGCAAUAAGUCUAUUAAUAAUUAAUAUUUAAACGAUAAGCUCUGUGUUGAAAAGUAUAAAAACCGAAUUUAUAACUUUAGAUCCUAUCAGUAGCUUUGCGUCGUCUCAAGUUAAAAAUAUUAAGUUAAUAAACUUUUUAAAAAUGUUUGUCAUUUUUUACUUUUUGACUUUUAUUGCUGGCACUUUGGCUCAAAUUUCGCGACCUGGAUCAUGUCCAUACGUCAAGCCAGUAGAAAAUUUUCAACCAGAAAACUACACAGGAGUUUGGUAUGAAAUUAAACGCUAUGAUAAUUUCUAUGAACUUAAUCACAAGUGUACUUGUGUCAAUGUGACACUGGAAUCACAUAAUAGAUUAAAAUUAGCAGCACGUUAUAUGAAUUCGCUUUCAGGAUCAAUAUCAAAUUCGUUAGCAAUGGCAUAUCCAAUAAAAGGAAUAUCGAUACCACAAUACCGAGUAAAGUCAUCAAAAUCUGCAGACCCACAUAAUUCAGUAACAACGAUCCUCGAUACAGAUUACACAAAUUAUUCAAUUGUUUACAUGUGUCAAGAAGUCGAAUCUACCCAUUUAAUUUACCUAUGGAUCUUUUCACGUGAAAGAACUCUAAGCCUCAAAACAUUGGGACAACGUUUAAAAGUCGAAGCUGAUAAUCAUCUACCAAUAGAAUAUUUGCAACUCGUCGAACAAAAUUGCUCUUAAUAAAAAUUUAAAUAUCGUAGUAAUUAAAUUAACGAAUGUGCGUCAAAUUGGUCGUGUAAAAGUUAUUUUUAA